AUGUAUACCCAAUUAGGAAUCGUUCGCGAUAAGCUGAUAAGCGAGGGAGGGCUUCGAGGAAGUUCUGGCGACAUUGAUUUCCCUUGGUUCUUUAAAGGCACGAUGAAUUAUUUGGCUGGGUUAAUCCUUUUAGCCGUCAAUAUUGUGGAAGGGUUUACUGUAGAACAGGGAAUUUUGGGUUUGAACGAUAUUCACCAAUGCCCUGUAGAUACUCCAUUAUCGUGCUCCAACAAAACGGAAGUUGAUGAUAGCUGCUGCUUUGAAUAUCCCGGAGGAAUAAUAUUGCAAACUCAAUUCUGGGAUUACUAUCCUCCUGUUGGACCAGAAGAUAAGUUUACUCUCCAUGGAUUGUGGCCAGAUAAGUGUGACGGAAGUUACGAGCAGUUUUGCCAUAAUAGUGAGAAAAUUGACAGUGCCAGAGACGUGUUGAAUAAGUUCGGUGAGACAGAUCUUUUGGACAAGAUGACCAGGAUCUGGAAGAAUUUCAACGGAAAUGAUGACGAAUUGUGGGUUCACGAGUUUAACAAGCAUGGAACUUGUAUGAAUACACUCAAAUCCGACUGUUACAACCAUUUCACGCCUCAACAGAAUGUGGUGGACUUCUACAAGAGAACUGUGGAUGUUUAUGAUACUUUACCAACAUUUGAAUGGCUAAGAAAAGGAGGAAUCGUACCUUCAAAUACCAAAACAUACACUCGAGCAGAAAUCGAGGACUCUAUAGCUUCUCAGUUUGGCCAUCCAGUGUAUAUCAGCUGUAAUAGGUUUAAUGCGCUACAGGAGGUUUGGUACUUCCAUCAAUUGAAGGGUUCCAUUCUUUCCGGGGAAUUUGUUCCUAUUCCUGCGAUGCUUGAUUCUAGAUGUCCUGAAUCAGGGAUCAAGUUUCUUCCUAAGACUUUCAAGCCUCCUCAACCUACUCAUACUGAUAAUCCAGGUCCUCGGCCUACUGGUCGUCACGGUUACUAUAGAGGAUUAUUAAAACCGGUUGAUCAGCCCGGUUGUAUCAUCGGCAAUGGACAUUGGUACACCUCGGGAACAUGUGCCAAGUUUACUUUGAUCCAGGCUCCUUUUGGUGGCUACAAUCUCAGAUCAUCUAGAGGCUUCUGCUCUGUGGUUGAUGGUUCGUUGAUAUGCGGUUCUCAAAUUGAACCGCGCCAAUUUCAGUACGAUAAAAAUACUCGGUCAAUCAGUUAUGGAGGGCACAAGUCCUGGAGUGCUGACCAUGUUCCCCAGAGAUUCCAGCAGUUGGAUGUCCGUCCCGGGAAGGGCGAAGUCACCUUCGAGAUAAAAUUGGAUGCAUAA